AUGUCGUCCAAAGGAUCUCGAAAGAGGAAAACGUCGUCAUCACCUUCUCCCACUAUAAGCGGUCCCAACGAUGCAAACCUUGGCAUCAACACCAGUACUGGCGGCAAGACACUAUCACGACGAGAGAUUUAUCUGCCCAUGGUUGCCUACGAUGCAGCAGCACAAGGUAAAUUUGAUAAUCCUCAUGCGUACAUGGAGUCAAGCAAAAAGCUGCCAAACAGCGUCCAUGAGAAAAACUUUGUCGAGUUUUGGCACAGAAUUGGGGUCGAGUAUCAUCGUCAUCGAGCCAGGGUACACGAACCGAAAAACAGUGGCAACAAACCACUCACGCUGGCCGACAUGGAAGAGAAGAUCCGACAACGAGCCCUGACGUUGGUGGGAGGUGGGAUCAAUACAGACUGGGCAGCUACCGGUAGUAAUACAGCCCGUGGUUCUUCUUCAAAGGCCAAACAGACCGCAACAACGACAAUCCUCCAUCCGAAACUGCAAAAGGCAAAACAACAACGAAGGAAUCGCAACCGACAUAUCAUCCAAUCGGCCAUGCACUUUGCGACGGACGAUCCAAGGGUGGGAAGAUUCCUCGUACAGUUGAAUACCAUGUGGAAUGACUACAUGCACAGGCUGCUGGGGCUACCACAAAAGGCCACAAUAAAGGAGUUGGAAGAAGUGGUUUGUCGCAGCAAUAUCACAUUCUGGUCUCGUGUCACGUCCAACCUUACCAAGGAAAAGGCCCAAUUCGUUGGAGCCAAGGUUCACAUCAAAUCUUGCACUCAACAUGCACACUGGAAAGGACGAAUUGGGUUUCUUGUGAGACAAACUACCAAUUCUUGGCAAUUGAUGGUUCCCAUGAUGGCAAGCGACAAUAACAAUACGAAGGAUGGAAAUGGUCGAAGAAAAAAGUGGAAGAAAAACGUGCGCAAGGAACAACAAGAAGGUGAGGAAGAAGCUUGUGACUCCACCAAAGACCAGGUAACAGCACCGUCAAAUGCGACGACAACCAACAAGGAUGGUUGGAGGACACUGGUUGUUCCGAAGCGAGGCUCAUCGCUGACGUUGUUGAUUCCGAUUGACGCCAAGGAAUUCCAACCGAAGGGAGCGAAGACGUCCAGAAUGGACGAUACCACCAGUACCUCUACCCUACUAGCCAUUGAUAUCAUGGAGGAGGGCAAGUGA